AUGGCGCUGUGGCAGCAGCUCCAUGGCGCGGACGAGGCCUUGCGCCUGCCCGCGGCGCGGCAGCUGUUGGAGACAGCAGAGGCUUACCAGGUGCCGUGGCUCUUCGAGUGGCUGGCGAACGGCUACGGCAAGAAUCGAGCGCUGCCGCCGGAAGGUCUCCAGUUGCUCUGCAGCCUGCUGGAUGCUUUGUCCGAGACCUAUCCGCUCCAGGCUCAUGUGCCCUGGCUGAUGACGCAGCUCCGGGAGCCCGACUCGGGCAAGCUGCUGGAGCGCCUGCUGCGGCGGCCAGCCCUGGCCUUCCGCCCCUCGGUGGAGCAGGCCAUGCCCAUCUUCCAGGCAGCAAAGAAGGAUGGGCUGGAUCCUAGUGCCCAGCUACUGCUGCGCGCGCUGGAGGCCGCAGCGCCCAAGAAGGCGUUUCGGGCUGUUCUGGAUGCGCUGCCGGUGGCUGCAGGAGCUUUGCGCUCCGCAAACCUCGAGGAGCUGCCGGGGCUUCGAGGCCUCAUAGCCGCCUUGGUGCGGCCCCAGCAGCUGCCCGGCUUUGAGGCGCAAGACACACGCAGCCGACAGGAAAACUACCAGGCGCAGCUCUUCCCCUGCCUGACAAAGAUGAUGGCGGAGGAAGCGGCGGGCUGCAGCCGCCUGCUGCCGGGGCUUUUCGAGGCCUUUGCGAAGGCCUUCGCGCGGAGUCGUGCGGAGGAGCAGGCCCGGCAGGAGAGGCAGAAGAAGGAGCGGGGGCCAACGACGCCCCCGGAGUUCCAGAUUUUUGCGCAGCUCUGGAAGAUGCUGAAGCCGCGGCUGGGCGCGCCGGAGAUGGAGUGCCUGCUGCAGCUCUGGCGCACCGUGCGCCGCUACGGCCUCUACCGGCCGCGGGAGGACCCGGCGGGGCUGCAGGGCAAGACGCUGGGCGGGUGCUGCUCGGCGCUGCUGAAGCGGCUGGAGGGCGGCGGGGAGCUGCAAGCGGGGGCUCCGGAGUUCGCCUGCCUCCAGGAGCUCCUGGCGCUGGACGUCGCUCCCUUCGAAGCCAGGCUGCGGCGACUUUGGACGCUGUUGGCGGGCGCCGGCCGUAGCGCCGCAGGCCUGGCCGCGUCUUUGCUGCGAAGCUACGCGGCACUGGCGGACCUGUCUUCCUGCUUGGAAGCACUUGUGCAGGCCUUGGAGAAGAAAGGAGACAGCAGCUUGCUGGAAGCUCCAGACUUCGUGCAAGGCUUGGAGGAAGCCGCUGAGCAGCUGACGGCGCCGGGGCAGCUGACAGGCACCUGGGAGAUGCUGCUGGAGCACGUGCAGGAGGGCGCUGCGGCCUGGCCGGCGCGGCUGCUGCGCCGCUUCUUGGCGGGCCUGCGGCCCACCGACCUGGUGCUGGAGCCGCUGCGGAAGCUCUUCCAGCGGAGCUACGAGCGGCUGCAAGGCAUGGAGAUGGAGAGCCAGCACAUGCAGGGCUUGCUGCUGGCACUGUGCGUCUUGGGCCGGAAGCUCGCGGCCUGGGAGCUGCCGCCACUCCUCCGCGAGCCCUCGGAGGUGGCCACCCGCAGCCGCGAGGGUCUUUGGAAACUGGCGCUGGCACUCCACAAGCCGGAUCUCGCGAGCAUGGAGCAGGUGGAGGCAGCGACCCAUUGGCUGGCCGCGGCAAGGGAUGAAGGCCUCCAGACCGGCGAGGUGGCAGCCGGCCUGCUGCGGAUUGCGGAGCAGCGCAGCGCCGCGGGCGCUUUGGCGCGGCGCGCCCUGGCGCGGCAGCCGGCCGCGACGGCGCGGAAGCGUCUGGCGGCGGUGCUCCUCCCCGAGGCGAACGAGGAUGACGAGGGCGAGCUGGAGGGAGAGCUCCAGCGGAUGUGGUCAGACCCGGAGGCGGUGCUGGAAUGCGUGGAGCUGCGCCUGCCGCUGCAGCAGCGGCUGCAGCAGCAGCUGGAGUCCAUGCAGCCUGAGAGGGCGGCCAAGCGCCGGCGGGUGACAGAGCUGCAGCUGCGGCUGCUGGAGAUGUUGCCGGCGCCCAAUUUGCUGGGCCAGCUGGGCCGUCUCGCCUCCAAGCCUUCGCUGCGGUUGCCCGCGCUGAGGUGCCUGGCGUGUCUUCUGAGGACGGCCGCGGAUGAAGAGGCGCGGCAGGUGCCGGAGGCCUUGGCAUCGCAAGCGCGGCUUUUGGCCAAGCGCCCAGAAGCGCCGGAGGCGCAGGAGGCCGCGGGCGCCCUGGGCGCCGCCUGCGCGGCGCUGCUGCGGCGGCGGGGCGAGGAGGGCGCCUUGGAUCGCCGGCGCCUGGUGGCCGAGCUGCUGGGCGCGCUGCUAGGCCGCAAGGAGAGCACGUGGCCGGUGCCCUUAGUGCUUCCCUCGCCCGUGGCGCUGCUGGAGGGACGAGGACCUGCGCUGCCGGGGGCGAACUUGCUGCUGGCUUUCCUGGAGGGCGGCGGGGGCAACCUGGCAGUGGACCAGGCCUUGGCGCUGGAGCUGGAGGCCGAGAAGGAGACGGCAGGAGGAGCCCCGCCGGCGCCGCAAGCGGCGCUUGCGGCGGCGCAGGUGCUGCAGCUCCUGGGGAAGGACCUACGUGACAGAAAGAAGGUGGCUGGCUGCUUGCGGGAUGUGAUGGGAUGGAUGCAGUCGCACCCAGGCGCAGCAAACCUACGGCCUGCGGCCGGUGACCUGCUGGAGAAGCUUUGCGCCUGCGAGGCCAAGGAGCCGGAGCCGAGCUUGGAUCUGGCGGAUUUGCUCCUCACCUGGGCGGAGUUGAUGGCAGACGAGCAGGAGCUGCGCGGCUCGGAGCACCCGGGGCUGCGGGGCUUCGAGACCCUGGCGGGCCCCAAGCUCAUGCAGAGGCUGUGCCUGCGGAUUUGCUGCCUGCCCAGCAGCGCUGCGCAGCUGCGGCCCCUGGGUUGGGCGCUGGCCCGGCUGCUAAAGGGCCUGCCCAGGCCAAGCAGCCCAGAACCGGCUCCGCCCGCGGUGGUGCGAUUGCUGGGCGCUGCUGAGGAGAGCGCGCUGCUGCUGUGCGCCGGCGAGGCCACGCUGGCGCUCUACGCGCACCUCACGCCCCGUGGGCGGCGCAAGCAGCACCCGCGCCUGGCCGCCACCGAGGCGCUGCUGCUGCAGUGCGCCGCCAGCCUGGCGAAGGCCGCCGCAGGACGGAGUUUUAGCGAGUUCCUCCAGAAGAAUUCCAAGAAGUUCGAUGUUGAGCAGAGCAAAUCCGGUGUGCUCUCCAAGGUGUCCGUGAAGAAGCUGAGCACAGUCACAGAGGACAUGCGGGCGGCCGCGAAGCUGGCGCUGCAUGUGUCAGAACGCGGAGGAUCCAUGCUGGCCUCCAACAUUCACGCCUACUAUGCAGCAAACCCCCAACACAAAGGGGUCAUUGGGAAGUUGCGCGACUUCUGUGCAGCGCACAAAGGCCUGCUGGUGUGUGAGGGAAACCUGGGAGAGACCAAAAUCAAGCUGCCGCAGGUGUGUUGCUACUUCUUGCGCAACGCCUGUACAAAGAAAACCGACCACCAAGGCUUUCUGCACCUCAACCCUCCACCUGGAGCAGUUCACUGUUCUUUUGGUCAGAAAUGCAUAUUUGGGCAUUUUGCGCAGAUAGAAGCGCAAAGUGGAGCCCAGCCGAGUGCUGGCGAAGCUGUUGUGGCAGCCAACUUGGCGUUGUUUGUGCAUCAAAAUGGUGGCUCCUUGACCGGCGGCAAGAUCUCAGAAUACUACAAGAAGCAUCCAGAACAUAAGCCAGUCAUCUCGGAGCCUGGGUUGAGAGUUUUCACUGCCUGCUAUGAUGGAUUAUUUGCGUUUGCAAGAGCCCAGGGCGACGAUGGACGACUCACUUUGGCGCCUUUGUGUUGUCACUUCUUGCAAGGCGUGUGCAAAGGAAAAAAAGAUCACGCUGGCAAGCUGCACACCAUGCCCCAAGCCACGGACUUGCUGCAUUGUACGUACGGCCCCGACUGCAAACAUGGACAGACCAUUCUGGAGGUUGCCAAAGGGCGCUUUGUCAAGCCCAGCGUGCCCAGUGCACCCAGUGCGCCCGACACUCACGAGCGCCCCAAGACCAGUCAUCGCGAGGUGCUGGUGAGUGAAGUCCGGUGGAGCCACGACUGCAUUAAGGCGACCUUCCGCGAUGGCAAGCUGGUGGUCGGCACGUUGCUGGAAUUGCUGCAGGAGAAGCUGGCCCCUUCCCAGCUUCCACAGAUGGAGGUGCUCGAGUUUGAUGGGUCCUAUUACGUCAUCAGCGGCAAUCGCAGGUUGUGGGUGUUGAAAGAACUGCAGAGGCUGACGGGGCAAGAGGUGAAGGUUCAGAUGAAGUGCCGCAGUGUGAAGCUGAGUGACUUCCAGACCAUUUCUCGGAUGUUUACAACGAAGAACCAGGGGGAGUCGGUGGAUUUCUACUGCAAGGACCGGCAGGAGGCACUCCCGGGAAUGUGCUUCGCUUUGGCCGCAAAAGACCCAGAGUUGGAGCCUACUCCAUUGGAUGUGGCGCUUGGCAAGAGCAUUGGUCAAUCUGCCGGUGUGGGCUUGAUCGAGCUGUACCAGACAGAAGCCUGGCAAGGCGCGGAUGUCGACCGAAGUUUGUUGGACUACCUGCAGCAGAAGCCGCACCUUUUCAAUGUCGCUGAAGGCAACAAGGUUCAACUUACACCGCCCUGCAGCAUGGAGGCGAUGAAGCUGGCUUCUGUGGCUGCGUCGGGCGGGCGACAGGCACCAUUGCAGCUUCAGGAAGAUGCAGAGCUGUCGGAUAGCUCAACUGGAGAUGCGGAGGAGGACGGCCCAGAUCAAGAAGGAGACCAUCUGGAUUCAGAGAGGCUUGAUGAAGGAGAAAGUGCGAACUCACAGAUGGACCCGGACAGUGCAGGGCUGGAACUGGGGGCUUUGGAGGUGCAAGGGGCAUUCUCCGCCGAGGAAGAUCCAGAGAUAAUUUCGUUGCGGAGCCACGCUUCGGAGCCCAGCGUGCGCCGUGAAGAUGCAGGAUGCCUCGGCCUUCUGCUGCCCUUGCGACUUGCGGCGGUGGUAGAUGCCGGCGAAUUCGCGGAUUUGGUGGAGUCCUGUGUCGCGCAUCGACUAGUCUUCCAGGCGAACGCGCCGAUGAAGGCGGCGCUGCGAUCCGGCUGGUUGGACCAGAGCAAGCUGCCAACAAUGGUUCUGUCCCAAGCUGACUUGGAGGAGCUGAGUGGUAGGCUUGGUUGGACGCCUGCGACGUCCGGCUUCGUCAAUGUGCCGGACUCACUGCACAGAAUUAGCUUUGGAUUCUCCGCGUCCGGUGGCAUGUGCCGAAUAACAGCACACAUUGGUCGCUACGUGCCGGACGCGUCGCAGCCGAUGCGGCGGCUCCUGGACGCUGGCUCCACGAUUUUGGUGGGCCCCGCGGGCUGUGGCAAGACCACGGCCUUGCGGGAUGCUGCCGUGGCGCUGUCGCACCGGCAGGUCUUGGCCCUGGACUUCUCCAACGAGCUGUCGGACCUCGCUCGCUUCGGGGUUGGCUACAUGGUGCCCAAUGCGGACGAAGUGCGGGGAGUCAGCGAAGCCAUCAAUUGGCACCUGCCCGAGGUGAUCAUCGCAGAGUUUUCCAGUCCGCGUGCUGCAAUAGAGGCAGGCUGUACAGAGCGCCAGAUUCCAUCUUCAGAAGAGUCCUUCUCAGAGCUACUCUCCACGGCUCACAAGCUCCUGGCGGCCCUCUUUGGCGCGGAGACCAGCGCCGGCGCAGCGCUGCCGCCAUGGGUGCAGCGGCCCCACCUGCUGCAGGAUGCGCUGAGGCCGAUGCUGGAGGCCGUCUACGCAGCGCCUUCAGGCGCGGCGGCGGCUUUGGCCGCCCAGGAGCUGGCGCGGCUCUGGGAGGCCUUGAGCCAGGGCGGGGCGCGGCAGACUCUGCAGUCCGCAGGCCGUACAGGCCUGACGACGCACGAGGCCAAGGUCCAGCGCGCCACGACAGGCUUCGCGCUGCCGCUGCUGGCCCACGCCCUGGAGGCACAGCGCCGCUUCGAGGGCGUGGAGGCGGCGGCUUUGCGGUGCCGGAAGCGGGCGGCGGCGGCGGCGGUGCCUGGGGUGGGAGCGCAGGGCCGCGCGGAGGAGGUGGCCCUGUGGAAGGAAGCCGUUCUGGUGCUACAGCAGGGCCUGGUGCCUUUACUGACCUCGUUGGAGGGCGCGGAGCAUCUGCUGCAGGGGCUCUACGCCUCGUUGCGGGAGCCCCUGCGCAGCAUGUUCAAGGAGCUCCACGAGGGGUACAAGAAGCACAGCCGCUUCCAGGGCGAGGCCUAG